CGACACGGUCCCUGCCCUCAUGGUAACGAGGAAGCUGCUAAGUCAAGUGUGAAAGGGGUUACGAUGUGGAGGAGGGGGAGCCGGCAGAGACCACGUGUUAGUGCUUUCUCUGUGUCCUGUUUCGACUCCUGUUAAGCAUGGGCUGAGUGGAACAGCUGGGGCAUGCCAGGCCCUGUGCUAAGUAUUAGGUAGAGGCCAGUGAACAAGACAGAUGCUCUUGGCCUCCACAGGGAACGUGCUCUGAGGACCCUGGAUACGUGCAGCAAACUGCUGGUCUGUCACGUGUAGCACUCAUGGGGUCCUUCUUUCCAGGAUCCCAAGUUUCGUAGCCUUACCAAGUGCACUAGUCUUUAUCCUUUAUUUUCUCAGAGGCUGUCAGCAGCCCGUCCACUUUCCCCGUCCAGGUGUUCAUGAGCUCCCUCCUGGGCAUACAGCUCUUUUGACGUGGUGCAACUGACUCUGACCGUAAAUGCAGACAAAUCGGAUUUUUAAAGGUGCGGUGGGAGUUGACUUGGAUAAUAUCCCAUCCUACUCACGGUUGCUUUCUGCUUUCCAGAUUGGCGGCAGUAAGCACACGAUGAAUGAUCACUUACACGUCAGCAGCCACAGCCACGGACAGAUCCAGGUACAGCAGCUGUUCGAGGAUAACAGUAACAAGCGGACAGUGCUCACGACACAGCCCAAUGGGCUCACCGCAGUGGGGAAAGCGGGCUUGCCGGGGGUGCCCGAGCGGCAGCUGGAGAGCAUCCACAGACGGCAGGGGAGCUCCACGUCUCUGAAGUCCAUGGAAGGCAUGGGGAAGGUGAAAGCCACCCCCAUGACCCCUGAACAAGCAAUGAAGCAAUACAUGCAAAAACUAACCACCUUCGAACACCAUGAGAUUUUCAGCUACCCUGAAAUCUAUUUCUUGGGUCCAAAUGCAAAGAAGCGCCAGGGCAUGACGGGCGGGCCCAACAACGGAGGCUAUGAUGACGACCAGGGAUCCUACGUGCAGGUGCCCCACGAUCACGUGGCUUACAGGUACGAGGUCCUCAAGGUCAUCGGGAAGGGAAGCUUUGGGCAGGUGGUCAAGGCCUACGACCACAAAGUCCACCAGCACGUGGCCCUGAAGAUGGUGCGGAACGAGAAGCGUUUCCACCGGCAGGCGGCAGAGGAGAUCCGGAUCCUGGAACACCUGCGGAAGCAGGACAAGGACAACACCAUGAACGUCAUCCACAUGCUGGAGAACUUCACGUUCCGGAACCACAUCUGCAUGACGUUCGAGCUGCUGAGCAUGAACCUCUACGAGCUCAUCAAGAAGAAUAAGUUCCAGGGCUUCAGCCUGCCUCUGGUGCGCAAGUUUGCCCACUCGAUUCUGCAGUGCUUGGAUGCUCUGCACAAGAACAGAAUCAUUCACUGUGACCUCAAGCCCGAGAACAUUUUAUUAAAGCAGCAGGGUCGAAGCGGGAUUAAAGUGAUCGACUUUGGCUCCAGUUGUUACGAGCAUCAGCGUGUCUACACGUACAUUCAGUCCCGUUUUUACCGGGCUCCGGAAGUGAUCCUUGGCGCCAGAUACGGCAUGCCCAUCGAUAUGUGGAGCCUGGGUUGCAUUUUAGCAGAGCUCCUGACUGGUUACCCCCUCUUGCCUGGGGAAGAUGAAGGGGACCAGCUGGCUUGUAUGAUUGAACUCUUGGGCAUGCCCUCCCAGAAACUGCUGGAUGCAUCCAAACGAGCCAAAAAUUUUGUGAGCUCCAAGGGUUACCCCCGUUACUGCACUGUCACAACUCUCUCAGACGGCUCUGUGGUUCUCAACGGAGGCCGUUCCCGGAGGGGGAAACUGAGGGGCCCACCAGAGAGCAGAGAGUGGGGGAAUGCACUGAAGGGGUGUGACGAUCCCCUCUUCCUUGACUUCUUAAAACAGUGUUUAGAAUGGGACCCUGCGGUCCGCAUGACCCCUGGCCAGGCUUUGCGGCACCCCUGGCUGCGGAGGCGGUUGCCGAAGCCUCCGACGGGGGAGAAGACGUCCGUGAAGAGGAUAACCGAGAGCACUGGUGCUAUCACAUCCAUUUCCAAGUUACCUCCACCUUCCAGCUCAGCUUCCAAACUGAGGACUAAUUUGGCACAGAUGACAGAUGCCAAUGGGAAUAUUCAGCAGAGGACAGUGUUGCCAAAACUUGUUAGCUGAGCUGAGUCCCCUGAUGCUGGUAAUCUGAAAGAUGCGACAUUGCUGAGCCUUACUGGGUUGAAAAGGAGUAGCUCAGACCUGUUUUUAUUUGCUCAAUAACUCAACUCAUUUGUAUCUUUUCAGCACUUAUUUUAAUGUAAGAAAGUUGUUCAUUUUGUUUUUAUAAAAUACAUGGGGACAAUGCUUUAAGUUUUUAUACUUCCUGCAACUGUUUUUGUGUUCUCAAAGUAUGGUGAGCCUUACUGUAUCUGGUGUGGCGGAGUAAUAAACAUCAGUGGCAGGCCAUUGAUUACUUCGUGACUGCUGCGCAUUUACAGAUUGGUGUCAAAGACAUUCACUGUUUCUAUGGUUCAUAGUAUAUUCUCCCCGAGGCGAUGGCCCCCGAAGGUCCCCCUCCUCCCUCCGUGCUCCAGGUUCACGCACAGGUGUAGCAUGUCCUGCCUCCAUUUCCCAUAAGCCUUGGGGGUGGUAGUGAGGGUGGGAGAAGAAUGGUCAGGGCGACAAUGAUACUCUUAAGAAGAGCUGCACCUUAGAGAUUUUUUUCCUAAACCAAUGUUCAAAGAGAGACGCCCUCCCCAAGGUUUUAAAUGCCCACUUAGCAUCCUGACUUUCUAAAAGCGGGCCAGGCACACCUGGGUGGGUAAAUGGAAACGUGUGCGUUCCUUCAAAUUUUCUAAUAUGAUCGGCAAGCUGUUUUGUAAAGAAGCCUCAGAUCACGGACUUGGUUUUGCACCUAAAUAUAGAAAUGUAUUCCAUGAACUGUUCCUCCUCUUUGCUUUCCUCCUCUCUGUUCCCCUUUUACCACACAUCUGUUGCUUGCAUUUAGGUUUUUUUUUUUUCUUCCUUCAAAUAUAUAUCCCAGACUGUUAAUACAGAAGAGAGACAUUUCAGCUGUGAUUAUGACCAUUGUUUCAUAUCCCAGUUUAAAAAAGAACAGCAGCCUAGCUACUUUUAAGGUGGGGAUUUCCAUAGUUCCAAAGAAGGUUUAGCAAAUUAGAGUGAGUUCACACUUUUCAGGUGCCACUGUAAGGUUCUCUUAGCCUGGGAAAGCAUCAACUCUUUCUUUAAAAAGAAAGAAGGUUGAAAAUCCUCUUGCUGAACAGAAGUCAUUGUGACUGUUCAAUGAGACCAAUUUUAACAACAAAUUUAAAGGCGGAGAAACUCAGUCGCAAGUUAAAUGGUUUGACUUGCUUGCAUCAUUAGAAAAAUCACAAAUUGCAUUCCUCUCUUAUUUUCUUUUGGAUUGCACUGAUUGUUUUUGUGGGAAUGACACUUUACCUGGGAAAGUAACUGAGAGUUAGGUAAAAGAAUAUUUUCGUCUCUGAAUAAUAAUUAUUUUCAAAGUGAAAAAUUCAGUAUUUUAUCACUAAUGUAUGAGCAGUGAUAUUUAUCAAUUUCAAGGCACGUGGAAGAAAUUUUUUAGUAUGUGCAAUUUAAUAUAGAAAGAUUUUUGCCUGUUUGGAUAAUAGGUUUUGGGUAGUAUAAAUUAGGAUACUUUUUUAUAUGCACAGAUAUUAUUGUAUUGCCUGUAAACUGAUUUACAAGUACUUAAAGCAUGGUCCCUGGCGAGGCCAAGAAAGUUUCCGGUUAAGUUCUUUUAAUAUUAGUCCUACAGUUUCUCUUACUUAAAAAGGAAAAAGAAAAAAAAAGAGAAAAGAAAGUAGUUUUUGGAACAAAACACUUAUCUUGAGGCUUUGUCAGUUGUUGGUGGAGAAAAACGCUCAGGAAAUAUUACAGAUAUUUGCCAAAAAACAGUAAUAAGAUUAGCUUAUUAAUAAGAUAGUGAUGUUGUUAUUUGCUUUUCUAUUUAAGGGUGUCACUGAUAAAUUAAUUUGUACUUCUGUAUUUAGAAAUUAGAGCUUUUUUCCCUAGUCAAAUUCUUCAGCAUAUUGUACCCAUUUCUGUGUAAUCUGUGGAAGUGCAAUAAUAUGUUAGUAAGUUGCUUUUAAAAUGCUCACGUGAUGAUACCCCAGUCAGUGGCUUACAGAAUUUAAAGAUUGUGUAUUUAUUACUGAAAUUCUGACUUAAAGGCAUAAGAAGUGUAAGACUUGGUAUGGCGGCUUUGUAAAACCAUAAGCCUCUGAAUGAUGGUUCGCUUCUUGAGGUCAGUAAAACGAAAACAUAAAGGCUGUUUUUCCGUUGCAAAGCUCCUCUUCCGUAUCCAUGCGCAUUUUCACAUUUAGGUCUAUAUGAACCUGAGCCUGCCAGGAAUCGAAAUUUCCCUUUAAAAUACGUGUGAAAAUUUAGAUAUGGACUAAUACUGCUGUCUUUCCCCCACCACAUAAAACUGGUUCUUAAGAUGCCAAUAGUGCAUUUGUGACUAUAUUCACAAAUGUAACCGGAAACUUUUAAGCCAAACUAUAACGUGCAGCGCUAUGCACCCCCGCCCCCCAAAUACAGUGAAAUUUACUUCAUUCACAAGAGCCACCGUGUUCAGUGUUUAGUGAUAGAGCUGCUUUGAAAAAAAUUCUAGCUUAAUUAUGAUGUCCAAAAAAGAAAAAAAUGUUGCAUCUCUGUGAUCUUAAAUGAAGGGCUCUAAAAGGCUCCUGGGAGUUGGCUUGGAAACAGUCCUUGGUCUCACAGGUUACCGUUGUCUAGAGAUGUCUGAGCUGUUUUCAGACUUCAGACUAGCACGGUGUCUUGUCUUCGGUUGCAGUCUCAUCUGGCUCCGUUCCUCGCACCUCCACAGUGCGCAUUACCACGUCAGGGCGUCGCUACACAGUGGAACAGCACGGGAUGCAGGACAGAGCAGAUCAACAGUAGAGGAGAAGUUGUGCCCUUAGUGUUAACAAUGUGCCUUUUGUUCUGAAUGCCAUGUGGUAGGGCAUGCAUUUUUUGGCCUCUUUAACUCUUUGAAUACCAGGCAGUAAGGAUGGAACCCACCUCUGCAGAGAUAUAUCUGUCUUAAAUACGCAGUUACUUACAGGCCUUAAUAGAAACCAUAAGGCGUGGAUCAUCAUCAGGCAUUGAGAAAGGUAACCACUGGUUAGUUACACAGGAAAUGCCUCUGUUUAAGGGGUUAAAGAUGGUCUUUGUUGUAUCUUAACAUCAGACUGAUUUUUUAAAUAAUAUUUUUUUGUUAUGCUAACACUAGACAAAAAUCAACUGUAUUCGUAAAACUUUACCUCAAACCAUUUAAUUUUAUAGUAUGAUUAAUCCCAGGGCAUUUGGUAUGAACCAAAGUGCAUUCCUUUUCUACGUGCCUGGCUCUAGUACGGAUGGCCAGGGAUUUUUACAAUUUGGGUGCAAGGCACUUAAGCCACUUUUAAACUUAAUGGGUGGUUUGGAGUCGUGUUCAAGGACUCCAUCAGGAGGUUAGGCAACACUUCAGGCAUCAGUAGCAUUGGGCCAUAUUGGAAUCUUAAAAAGUGUGAAUUAUUUUAAAGAGAGCAUUCAUUUUUGUAAUUUUUUUCAUCAAGAAUAUUUCUGGUAAGCAGAAGACUUUUUUUUUAAAAAAACUGAUUUGGUUGGUAAAGGUUUUAAUAUCGCCCAACAUAAUGGUGUAGUAGCAUUUAAAAAAAGUAUUUGUCAACUCUGUUUCUUAGGGGCUUGUACAUCUCUCUGCUAUGGACAUAUAUAAAAUUAAUUGUAAUUAUACUCAGCUCAACUGCUACAGUUAAGUCUAGGCAGUGGCUUGGGUUUUUAUCGAGCAACAACUUAGACACGUGACUGUAAUAUGCUGCAACUGUGUGUACUGAAAAUAUGUGAAAAUGGUUGAAUGUGGACUGUGUAUAUAUGUAUUUAAACAUUUCUGUGAGAUGCUGCUGUCGCCACUUAACAUGAACUAUGUUCUGGUGGAUUUUAAUCCUAGUGGCCAGUUCUAUGAUACUGUAUGUAUUGUACAGCUGAAGACGGAGUAAGACUGUUCAGUGAAUAUUUGUUACAUUUUAUUGUCGUGGCCAGAGACAAUUUCAGAAUAAAAAUUUAAUGUCCUACCUUA